CGGAGCUGAGACUUCAUCAGGAGUUAGUGAUGAUGAGUUUGGAGGUUUUGUUCAGGAUGAGGAUCGUCUUGGUCGCGAUGUCGAUGCUGUGGCUCCAUCAGGCGGCCUUUACUUCUGCUCAGGAGUGUCCCUCCACCCACGACCUGCUGAACUCUCUGCGUCAGGUGGAGAAAAUGUUGGCGGUGCACGAGGCGUCGUACCAGCAGGGAAUUCGCUCCCUGAAGAAGAAGAUGAGCGCUCUGCACAACAGCACCAUGGCCAUCUUCAAGACCGGAGCCACAUGUCCCAAACUGGAGCCCCCCCCUCACGGCCGGAGACUGGGCCGGGUGUUUGCCGUCGGGCACGAGGUUCACUUCCUGUGUAAACCCGGCUUUGAGCUGAUUGGCCCACGGACCCGUGUGUGUUUGGACUCUCUGAGGUGGAGCGGCCAGCAGCCGAUGUGCCGACGCCUCAAUGAAACCGGAAACUCCCUCGCCUCCUUCUCCCCCGCCGCUCCUUCCUCCUCCUUCCCGGGCUCGGCCGCUCUGUCAGCUCCCUCCUCUUCAUCCUCUUUGUCAUCUUCAGCUCCGUCUCUCUCCUCUUUGUCACCCACAUCCUCCUACCCCUCCUCCUCGGUCCGGCCGUCUCACUGCACUCACUUCCUGGGCUCAACCCGAUGCACCUGUGACGUGGGCUUCACCAUCUCAGGCCGUGACAACAACAUCUGCACAGACAUCGAUGAGUGUCUUCUGUUCCCUCUGGGUCAGCCCGGCCGGCUCUGCAUCCAUCAGUGCGUCAACACUCCCGGAAGCUUCCACUGCUUCUGCCCCCCCGGAUACAACCUCGCCAGAGACGGCCGCAGCUGCACAGACAUGGACGAGUGUGAAAACCUGAUGCACAACUGCACAGAAGAGCAGGCGUGUGUGAACACCUACGGAGGCUUCCAGUGUGUGUCUGUGGAGUGUCCUCUCAUGAAAAACGCCACAUACAUCAAGACGUCUCCAAUGCGCUGUGAGAGGAACCCGUGCAUGCUGGGAGACAAAAGCUGCACCCAGGCUCCCAGCUCCAUCUCCUUCCACUUCCUCUCAAUAGUGUCCAACAUGUCAGCCCCCCGCGUCCUCUUCAGGGUGUCGGCGGCUCGUGUGCUCGGGGACACAUUGAGAUUCGGCCUGGCAGGGGGUCGUGGACGGGGUCACUUCAGCGUGCAGCGCUCCGGACGGCAGACGGGCACCCUCCUCCUGGUGACGCCCAUCAAAGGUCCGGCCACUGUGGAGGCCGAGGUGGAGAUGAGCGAGCUGGAGCGAAACUCCUUGCUGGGACGCUACCUCACCAAGGUCACCCUGUUCGUGUCACCGUAUGAGUUUUAGGGAGAGGACUGAUGGCUGAGGGGUAAAAAGCUCCACAGGUCCACCAUGGUCGUCCAAUAUAUGACUCAUUUAUACCCCAGUAGACCUUAACAUGAGUCCAGAACACAUUUACAGGCCAACUGGAACAUAAACUGUCCUAUUAAAAGGUUUUAACUGUUUUUAAAAUAUAUUCUUAGUAUUUUUCUUAAAGAAGUAAGAAGUUGAUCAUUGUUAACACAUCAUAACCUCAGUCUUAGACUUUGAGCCUCUCAAAGGGUAGUGUAAAAAUUACAACUGCUCUUUUUAUAUAGCAACUUUAAGUUAAGAAUUUCCACAGCGCUUGAACACCAAAUCACAAAAUGGUUGCCUGAAGGACAAAACAAGUGGUUAAAGGUGUAAAGUACAAUAAAAGCAAUAAAUAUAAAUGAAUAUGUAAAGGCAGUAAAUGCUCGAUAUAUGUUUAAGAACAGCCCGCGUUUGUACUGUUUGUGAGUGACGUCAUGAAUUUAGCAAUUUAGCUUUUUUUUGUAGCCUAAAGAGACCAUAUUUGGAGCUGAGGAGGAGCAAGGGGGCUAACAGGCAGAUUUCCCAGGAUCCAUGUGUGUAGUUCCCUGUCUCUGGUUGUUUUGCUCCGUCUGAUGGCGCUCGUUUUAACCCAAUGGUUACAUUUAUGAAGCCUGACCACAGAAAAAAAUAUAGGAUUACACGGGAAUAAUAAGAACAACAUGCAAACAACGGGCUACUUUGUCUUUCUGCUGUUGAUUUGCUGUUGUUAAUUUUGAGAACAGUGGGAUAUAAACAAUUGAGAGUCUUUGGUUUUAUUUUGAAAUUGACUUGAGCACUCCGUGCGUUCCCUUGCCAGACUCGAUCUGCUCUGUUCAGCUUGACACGUACUUGCAGUGGGCAGUGUUAGAGAUAGACUCAGUGCAUAUUUGGAGCGCAGUGGCGCUUCUGGCAGGCCCUGGGGAUUGUCUGCCCUUGCGUGGGCACACAUGGAUCCUGUGGAAUCUGCCUGUAAUAAGUCAGGUAUCAUGAGGGUACAAAUAUCUGCUAAUUAGUGCUAAAAUAUAAAUUAAACAAUGUUAGAAUUUGGCUGGUUGUAAAACGUUGAGCUUAGUCGUGCCCAGAAGUUAAAGGUCAGUGACUGAAUUAGCUGAGGUGACACCUAGCAGACAGCUAGCAGUUCCCACCUGUAACUCAAAGAGGUCACGCCCCCUAAUUCUGCAUCAAUUUGAACCCUAAUAUAAACAUUCAGCCCAUACAGUUGAAGAGAGAAAUGAGCUCUAGAGAGCCAAAACUGUUUCUGUACCAGGCUGUAAACAUGUUUUGUUUCUGCUGUAAAAUUUUACAUUUUAACAUGGGGCUCUGUGGGGACUGACUCACUUAUGAAGCCAGCCUCUAGUGGAAACUCGAGGAACUGUAGUUCUGGACUCCGGUGUAAUUUUUUUAAAAUAUAUUUACGAUAGUGGUGCCAAAAGAUGAAAUCUUAGUAUUUUAUCAUUUACACCAUUUCAGACUUUUUUUCUUUAUCUAUGAGGGCAAAAUAACAAGAUGUGAUUUUUGUGUUUUGUUGUUUUUAAAAGUAAAAGUAAGUGUAAAAUAUUGGAUAAAGAAGGUUGUAAGGCUGACUGAACUUAAGAGGAAUAUUUGAUGUUUGUGUGUAAAGCUUGAGAGCUGAAG